UUAAUUAAUUAAUAUCGUAGGAUCCAACGUUCAUGAAGCGUACGUGGACCAUUUCGAUCAGAUCCUACCCGACACAUCCUCUCUCACUCUCCCACUCUACAGUCUCUCUCUCUCUCUCUCUCUCUCUCUAUAGUUGUUUUCGAGUCAUCUUAAACAGUCCCUUUCCUUACACUUUCGUUUGUCAACAAUACCUUUAUUAUCUAUAUUUUCUUUGUCUUGUCCAGUCUCUUCUUCCCUUGUCUUCUCUGUUGUUAAUCUCCAUUGUUGUUUCCUCCAGACGAUCGGAGGAGUCUGGUUCGAGUUUAUUUCGAUUUAAAAUAUUGUCUCAAAGAUUCAAGAGUAAUUGUGGGGGGUAAUAGAUGGACCAUAAAGCAUGGCCUUGGAAGAAGAAGUCAACGGAGAAAAGCAAAGGCAUAUCCUCCAAUGAAGAGAUUGAGAAGCUUGUUGCUGACAAGAUACAGCUGGAGAAUCGCCUUACCGCUGUCGAAGCUGAGAGCAAUAAGCAUAAGUCUGAGACACAAGAAGCAAUUAUUGGAUGGGAGAAGACAAAAGCUGAAUCAGCAUCUCUCAAGAAGAAGCUAGAAGAAGCUUUGACUGAGAAACACAGGAGCGACGAGAGGUCGAGUCACACGGAAGCUGGUCUGAAAGAAUGCAUGCAGCAGCUUCGUUUUCUCCGGGACGAGCAGGAGCAAAGGAUGCAUGACGCUUUGACAAAAGCAUCACACGAAUACGAAAGAAGGUUGAACGUUGUAAAGACAGAGAUUGCAGACACGUGUAAGAAGCUUGCAGAGGCAGAAGGCGAGAACACUCGGCUCUCAAAGGCUUUGUUAGCGAAGAACAAAACUGUUGAAGAGUUAAAUAGAGACAGGGACCGCAUCGUGUCCGAUUUCAAUGCUCUGGUGAGUAGCUUAGAGUCGAAGGAAAAGGAAAACGUUACGCUGAGGUACGAAGUCAGAGUGGUGGAGAAAGAGCUUGAGCUUCGGAAUGAAGAGAGAGAGUUUAGUCGUCGAACCGCUGAAGCGUCUCAUAAACUUCACUUGGAGAAUGUGAAGAAAGUUGCAAAGCUGGAACAAGAGUGUCAAAGGUUACGUGUACUUGUCAGGAAUCGGUUGCCGGGACCUGCAGCUCUGUCCAAAGUGAGACACGAAGUAGAGAUGUUGGGAAGGAGAAGAAGCUCUAACGGCGCGAUGAUCAAUUCUGAAAAGAUCAGUAACCUCACUGAGCAGUUAUGCUUACUGGAAGAAGAGAACAAGACUCUGAGGGAUGCAUUAAACAAGAAAGUUAAUGAGCUUCAGUUCUCAAGAAACAUGUAUUCGAGAACAGCGUCUAGACUACUGGAACUCGAGGAAUCUUGUAAAGGCACAACAAACAUUGAGCCAAGCCGGAGCAGCAACGUGUCCCAUGAAGUCUCUCUUGCAUCGUUUCCAGAGUUUGACAAUGAUUCUGAUUCUUGGGCUUCUGCUUUGCUUUCAGAGCUGGAGAAUUUCAAGAACAAGAAGCAAAUGGGCUCAACGACCCCUAAAGCUUCAGAGAUGAAACUUAUGGAUGACUUUGCUGAAAUGGAGAAGCUUGCAAGUACAGUACCUGGAAGCUCUCCUAUCUUCUCUUCUGAUUCCAUUUCAGGAACUGGUCCGUUAGAGAACGAAUCUAACGAAGAUUCAUCAGAGGCAGCGAAAACUCAGAUGAACGUUGGUCAAGUACUUGAAGAUAUCAGUACAGCUCUGUCAGGUGUAAACCAGACCGAGACUCUCAGUGUGGAGGGUGCAGCAGACACAGAGUGUGAUAUCAGCAAAUGGAUCCGCAGAAUCGUUGAAAUUAUCGAAGGAGUCAGCUUAAAAAGAGAAUCAGCAAGGCUUUCGGGUUACACUGCUCGUGUCUUGCAAUGGAAAACUACAGAGCUAAGCAGUGUAUUGAAGCGGUUUCUUCAGACUUGCUACGAUCUAAUAGACAGAAAAGCAGACAUGAAGAAGUUUGCGGAAGAGUUAAGCACUGUGUUGGAAUGGAUGGUGAACCAUUGUUUCUCUCUUCAAAAUGUUUCAAGCAUGAGAGAAGAGAUCAAGAAGCAGUUCGAAUGGGAUGAGUCACUGAGUGGGAGCGAUGUUUCCUCUUUAGCUUGCAAGGAUCACGAGCUGCCAAGCAAAGUGGUUGAAGAAGAGGCAAAGGACAAGCCGGCAAGUGCUUCAGCGAACGAGUUCAAACUGGAGGAACAACAAAACAUGCGAACUGAACUGGAGAUCACUGCUGCUUCUGAAAAGUUAGCCGAGUGUCAGGAGACGAUUCUAAACCUCGGAAAGCAGCUCAACGCGUUGACUAACUCAAAAGAGACAGCUUUACUUUCGGACAAACUCACACCUGAGCUUUCCCACAAACCGAACAACCUAGCUACUGCACUACUGCCUUCACAAGGUACAAAACCAGAGAAGAGAUUGACCACUCAGAGAUCAUCUCUUUUGGAUCAGAUGAAGGCAGAAGAUCAUGACACUGGAGAACCCAAGGAUCAGAAGAAACCUCAAGCAGCUGAUAAAAACGGAAAAGGAGGCGGUUCUGUCUACAAUGAAACCAUCGACGCAUUGGAGCAGAUUCUUCUCUCAGACAGAAAAAGCAAAGGCUCUGAAACAAAUUGCUGCGCCAUUGUUCCUCAGAAAAAGAACGGCGGAGUUAAGAGCCUCUGGAGAAAGCUGUUGGGGAGGAAAAAGAACAGCAAGAGCAAGAAGCUCCCUAAUAUAUUCGCUACCUAGAGAAGACAGUUAUCUAGACUAUAUCAUCUAAUAUCUUGAUCAUGUUUUUCUAUGUUACUCGUACUAAGCAAACUAAAACUGUAAUUCUUCAUAGAACGUUUUGGCAGUAUAUAUAUAAAUCCCACGUAGCUUGCUUACCCAA